CCUAACUUCUGGAAGUCUGACUGAAUCAGAGUUGGAGGAGAUUAAACGCGAGGCCACACAGGAUGGAAAGCCUGUCUCAGAUCACGCGACGAGAGAAUGGCGUUGGUUUCGGUUUCUCGAAAAGACCGACUUCUCGACUUGCUGCCGUUUCCUCUUGCGAGACAUCUUGCCAGGCUUCUCGACCCGGGCCGUCGCUGGAAAGAUGUCGCUGGAGAAUUCGGACUGACGGUGCAGGAAGUGCGGAAACUGGAGUUAGAACUCAUACGACCACAAGGAAGCGCUACGUGCUCGCUGUUGGAGCAUCUUAGUCGAUACAAACAGACUUCUAUUGGGCAACUGUUGGGAGUGUUGGGAAAUUUCUCAGCUCUACGUGAAGCAAGCGCAGCUCUGCGUGACUACGUGGAAAAAGGUGAUCUUCCUAAGAAUCCUCAAAGCCAUUUUUUGCAAGAAGAUCCCAGGCAGCAGCUUGUGACAUGCAAGAUUUUGCCACCUGCUCCUUCUCAUAAGGUUCAAGAGCGUCCUUCUGAAUUGCACGAGAUAAAGCAGGCAUUUGUUGAAUUACGAGAUCGCCAUGAGCAAGGAGUCAUUGUGGUAUCUAUUACUGGCUAUCCUGGUUAUGGCAAGAGCCAGUUAGCUCGCCAGUUUGGCAAGUUAUAUUACUGUGAUGCAAUUCUUAAGCAGGGAAGAGUCAUUGUUGCUACCCUUACUGCUGAAAAUCUUGACACAAUGGAUAAAUCUCUCAUGAACUUAGCAAUAGAGUUACAAUGCGAAGGUGUAGUCAAUCUACUCGAGACUGUGGAAGACCCCAAGAGAAGAAUGCAGCUGCUUAUACCUGCAAUAACUGGGAUACUGAGGAUGUUUCCAUAUUGGUUGCUACUGAUUGACAAUCUGUGUAAUGCAACUAAGAAUACUCUGGAUGAGUACUGGCCACAGCCUGGGUCACUUGACUGGGGAGAUGGAGCCGUUCUUGUUACAAGUCAAGAACAAGGAAUCAUUGGUCGAUCUUCUUAUGUCUGCGAAAUACAAGCACGUGGUAUGACCAAAAAUGAUGCUGUUGAUUUGUUGACUGAUUUGUCGGGUGUUGUCGAUCCUGUUGGGGCGGCUGAAGUUGCUCGACGCCUUGAGUAUAUUCCGCUUCCUCUCUCCAGUGCUGCUGUUUAUGUCAAGUUCAUGAAUGAUGAAGAAGGUGCUAUGGGUGAAAAGACAGAUUGGAACAGAUACUUAAAGGAACUGGACAUUGGCUUACAGAACGAUUGUGAGCAUUUCUUGACAGGACAAAACAAGAACUAUCCAAAGACUAUGCAAGUUGCUGUGCGUAUGGCAGCGGAUCGUAUGGCUUACAGUAGAGUAGAAUUUCGUCAAGUCUUCAUGCUAAUUGGGUAUUGUGCCAAUCAAUUGCUGCCACUGGAUUGUAUUGAGCACUACAUUAGGGAAAGUACAGAGAUCAAGCGCCAACAUGUUGCUGUGAUUCAUAUAAAACAUUGUUCACUGCUUAUCUUGUCUAACAUUGAUAUUGGCAAGCAAGUGACAAUGGUUGGAGUACAUCAAGUAACACAUGCAGUUUUCAGGGCAUCCAUAACAUCUUGGUUACAAGUAGAUUGGCCAGUAGCUGCAUCUCCAAUGAACCGUCAAGAACGAGAGGAAGAAAUAAUGGAAUUGACACUUGAAACUCUUAAUGUGUCCUAUCAAGAGGCUGAUGAUAGUGAAAAUGUUCAAGAACGCUACAUGCUUCGUAGAACGUACCUUCCUCAUUUUCUGGAAACCACGAGUCAUGCUGAACAAAUUUUGCACAGUCACUCUGAGUGUGUCGCCAAGGCGAUGGAAAACAGUGCUGAUGUGUUUGAUUUACUAGGAGAUCAUGCAGAACGUUUUGAUUACUUAAAACGAGCAAAGAUUAUCUACAAUGGCUUAUAUGAUGAUGAUGAUGGUCGGUUGAGUGAAUUUUGGCUCAAUUUUGGUUGUGCCUUGCUGGACCUAGAAAACACAGAAGGGAUUGAUCACAUCGAGAAAUGUCUUUCUAUCAGACAAAGAAACAGAUCAGCACCUCGGAGUAUUGCAAGGGCACUGUUCAGCUUGGGCUUGGCUUAUGUGGAGGCAUCUCAAUAUGAAUUAGGAAUUGAUAAAUUAACAGAAGCACUUAAAAUUCAGCAACAAACAUCAAGUGUCUCUUUGCUGAAAGGAUCAAUAUUGACAGCAUUAGGCCGCAGCUACCUGGACAAGGGACAGUUGGAGGAGGCAAAGUCUUUUCUACAUGAAGCUGUCGAUGUAAUGGAGGCAGUUGUUGGCAAUAAGCAUCCUUCGUAUGCAAAGGCUGUUAUCCAUCUUAGCCGUUACUACUUAGAGGAGCCAACAGUGGACCCACCUAAAGCAGUCGGACUCCUAGAAAGUGCAAUGGAAAUUCGUACUCAGCAUCUAGGUGAUGAACAUGGUCUGGUUGUCACAGGUAUGAUAACACUGGGUCGUGCUUAUUUGCGUAAUGGACAGUUGGAGAAAUCAAAAAGGACUUUUGAACAAGUACUACAUAUACAAAGAAGCAAACAUGUAUUGCAUGGUAGUGCUCACUGCAGAGCUCUUGUGUUGUUGUCAAAAGUGCUUCUGAAAGAGCACAGUGCAGAUAAUCUCCAACGAGCAAUUCAACUACUAGAAGAAGCUCGUCAAAUAGGUGUCUCUGUUCUUGGAGAAGAACACUAUGAAAUGGGCUAUAUUUACCAUGUUCUGGGGGUAGCUUAUUAUUUUGACGGACGUUGUGAUGAUGGAAUGAUGUUUCUUGAAUCGGCUAAACAACUCAUUGCAAAAUUUUUCGGAAAAGGCCACUAUGAAACUAUUGACAUUCAAACAACAAUUGAACAACUUGCCUCAAGUUACAGAGUGGAUUGUAACCGAUCAGUUGAUGCCUUCAUCAAAAUCUAACUUUUGCCAACAAAUUCAUCAGUUUAAAAUAUGAAUUGAACAGAGGAUACACAUUCUUAUCACUAACAUUUCUUUGUACUUCACUGGCAUGCUUUGUUUACUGUAUUCUGGUAAUGCUGGUAACUACAUUAGUAUUGAUUAAUUAAAUCUCCAUCCAGUUCGAUUCCUCCA